AUGCUUAGAACUAUAUCGAUUCUGGCUCUGCUAGCCUGCAGCAUAGCCAUCAUGGCUGACGCGAAACCGAUUUUCAUCAAAGUUUUUGCACCGAGCGGUGGCUACUCCUCCGGCAGUACACCGGCGGCUUCUCCCGUCAACACCCAGCUGAUUUCCAGUCUCAUCUCUACCAAGAUUCAGCUGCUAAAUAGCGUGCUGCAGGCUAAGUCCUCGGGCGGUGGCUUUGGGUUCGGCAUCAGUAAGUUUGUCACCUUCUCCUCUACCACAAGCACGACGGAGAGGCCGGUCACACACUCCACCACUGAGGUAAACACAGACUAUUAUCCGGAUGAAAGCUCUACAAGCUCAACUCAAACCAUCUACUCGACAACCACAGAAGGUGCUGUCGAAACGCCGAAGCCCACAGUACAUCCCGAGCCUCCAGUCUCAACAAGCACGACGCCAGUGAUCCCAGUCAAGAGCACCACAGGGAUUCCAGAGAUCCCCACCACGACGGGAGCAACGGCUGGUUAUACCUAUCAAACUCCCUUAUCCAGCAGUGUCACUAACCCAGUGAAUACAUAUUACCUGCCCGCUUCUCUUGCCUAAG